AUGAUCACCGAGUCAAUAAAAAAGAUAAACGGGUAUGACAAAAAUGCCUCUAUAUACUACCCUGUCAUCAUCGUCGGCGCUGGAGCGUCAGGAAUUGCCGCCGCUUGUCAGUUAAAAGCCCAACUCGGAUUCGAUCAGUUCCGUGUCUUUGACCGGCAGACUGGAAUUGGAGGGACUUGGUGGAUCAAUCGGUAUCCUGGUGUUGCUUGUGACAUACCCGCAGUCUUCUACUCCUUCUCCUUUGCUCAAAACCCCAACUGGAGUGCCUUCCGCCCGCCCGGCAAGGAAAUCGCCCAGUACUACCACGAUGUGUGCGAGAAAUACCAAGUCAUUGACAAAUUCGAGCUCAACACCGACAUCCAGAGUUGCAAAUGGCUAGACAACGAAGCCCUAUGGGAAGUUACCUUACGCCGUCUUGUCGCAGGCACGGGCGACCUCUCAUCCAGAGAACGCAUGAAGAUUGUCCAAGAAAAGGGCGAACAGGCAGUAUAUUCUGAGACGCAAGUCGUGAAGGCAAAAGUAGUGCUGAGCUGUGUUGGCGGCCUGGUUGAGCCCAGAGCCUUUCCCGAGAACAUCAAGGGGAUUGAAAAAUUCAAGGGCAGAGUGUUUCACUCUGCACGAUGGGACGACACAGUCAAUCUCACGGAUAAAAACGUCGUGGUGGUAGGAUCAGGAUGCAGCAGCGCACAAGUUGUGCCUCCACUGCCUCACCCCCCUUACAACGCCAAAUCAGUAACCCAAAUCAUGCGAUCACCCCCAUGGGUCGUCGCUUCCGUCCCACCUCCCGGAGGUGACGAGUGGUGGAGCGCAAACAUGCCCUGGCUAAUGCGCAACAUACCCGGCCUCAAACAAAUUGUCCGUUUCGUCGUCUUUUUCAACACCGAAAAAGUCUUCUUCCAAAUCUUCCCCAACACGCCCAUCUCAUUGUUCAUGCGUGCAAAAUACCAGGAUUGGCUCCUCGACCAUAUGCGCAAAACCGCACCUAAGAAAUAUUGGGACAUGCUGACGCCAGACUAUGGGGUGGGAUGCAAACGCCGCAUCUACGAUCAGUACUGGCUCAACAGCCUGAAUGAUCCCAAGAUAGAACUUACGACACAGCCUCUAAACAGAAUCACUGAGACAGGCGUCAUUGUCGGACCAGGUGCGUCGUACCCGGCGAAUGCAAAAAUAGAAGACUAUCCCGAACGCGAAAUCCCCGCCGACAUCAUUGUCCAUGCUAACGGCUUCGACACGACGCGAUGGCUGCAUCCGCUCAAAGUCAUUGGUAAAGAGGGAAAAGAUAUCGUCCAGGUCAUGGAGGAGAGGGGAGGCGCACAAGCCUACCAGGGCACUGCGAUGGACGGGUUCCCGAAUUUCAUGAUGAUAUUCGGGCCCAAUACUGUGACUGGGCAUUCCAGCGUGCUCAUGGCGAGUGAAAACAUGAUCAAUUACUCCAUCAACUUCAUCCGACUCAUCCUUACACGCGAAGCUCGCACCUUCGACGUCAAGCCCGAGGCCGAAAAAGCGUACACAGCCGAGAUGCAGCGUGCGAUCGACAACACCGUCUGGAAAAGCGGGUGCUCGAGCUGGUAUUUUACCGAAAAUGGUUGGAACUCGACUGUGUAUCCCUACUCGCAAGUUUUCUUUUGGUAUCGCUGUCUGUUCGUCAGGUGGAGUGAUUGGAAUAUUGAGUAUACGAGAGAGGGUCUGGUGAGGAUGAGGAUGAGGAUGGUGUUAAGGAUGUUGGUGCUGCUGCUUGUGGGUUAUGGAAUUUGGAAAUUGAGGCUGUACGAGUUGGGGCUGAGGGAGUGGACGUAUCUUGGCCGAAUUGUAGCGCAGGCUUCCAUGCAGAAUGCUAUGCGAAUUGGGAAUAGGCUGAGGAGUUCGAUCUGGUAGUGAAAUACAUAGGUAGUCGUGGAU